AUUUUCCGGUGGGUCCAUGGUUUUCCCAGCACACUCGUGACGCGUGUGAUUGUGAUCAGUCGAUCUUCAGGCGUCAAACAUGAAGGGUGGCACUGAAACUUUUCUGAUUUUCUCGGCUCUGCAUAUUGUUGCUUGCUUCAAUUUGGAUAGAGAAGAGUUUGCUCCUGAGGGAAAUCACUCUAUUUCAAAGCGUGCUAGUGUAUUGCAAAAAACUUGCAACACAGAGUUGUAUGAGGGACCUUUACCAGGCACAUGCAAACUACCAUCCACGCAAAAAGAUCUGCUUGCUGAUGCGAAGAAAUGCCAAACUACUUUGAAAGCAAAAAAAUUGAGCGAUGCCGAGGCAGUGUGUCUGUGGGACUGUGCAUACCAAGCCAAGAAAUGGGUUAGUAAGACGGGAACCCUUGACCAGAAACUCAUCACCACUGAUUUCAACAAAGGCGUAGACAAAACCUGGGCAUCAGUUGUGACUGCUGCAGUAAAAUCUUGUCUAACUGACGCUACUAAGGCAUCCACUGCAAAACUUGCUUCAGGCUAUGUCACAAAGUGCAAAACUGCAGCCUACUUUUUCAACACUUGCUUUAGGGUGAAAUUAUACAGUGAAUGCCCAAAAACUGCUCAGUCUGGGUCCUACUCUACUGUGAAAGCUGCCCUGGCUGCCUGCGAUUUUGCAGCAAUCACCAAAUCCGCCUCGCAGUUAGCUGCCUCAGGAAUGUCCGCUUUAAAAAAAAUGAGCCAAAAAGAUAUUUUGAGCGGUUUGGAAGCUGCAAAGAAAGAUCCAAAUGCAGUCAAAAAUUUGCUUGGAGGUGCAAAACCUGAGGAUUUAUUGAAGUCGAUGAGUGGAGCAGGCGUCAAAACCGACGAUUUAAAGAAUAUCGCUGGCAGCGGUAUUGAUCUAAAAAAAUAUGCUAGUUUGCUAACAGGGUAAACCAGAGCAGAAAAAGCUGACAAAUUGCUGAGUUAUAUGCUUUUAAUGGGAAAACGGCCUAUAUGUAAUUAAAAAUUGGUUUAUCAAUAAAGAUUCAUUGUGAUUUUGAUUUGGACAGUGCAUGUUA